UGUUGAUCAAACGCAAACCAAACCGGAUGUUAGCAUAGAGGUAAGAUCUCCCUUUAAACUUGAUGUCACACAAACGAACAAAGUGAGUUGCUGGAUAAUAAGAUACACUUUCAAAGAUGCUGGUGAAGAAAGUCGUUCUCAACUCCAGACCAGGGGCUAACAAUAGGCCAGUUCCUGCUAAUUUCCUCCUGGAAGAGACAAACCUUGCACUUGAUCUGCAAGAGGAGGAAGUCCUAGUGAGGACUCUUUAUCUCUCAGUGGACCCCUAUAUGAGAUGCAGGAUGAACGAAGACACCGGCGCUGAGUACCUGACUCCAUGGCAGCUGUGCCGGUGUGCAGACGGUGGAGGUGUGGGAGUGGUGGAAUCCAGCCGACACGGCACUUUCUGCCAGGGAGACGUGGUCACGUCCUUCAACUGGCCCUGGCAGAGCCAUGCUGCUGUGGCAGGAAGCCUCCUACACAAGGUGGAUCCAUCGUUAGUGGACGGCCAUCUUUCCUACUUUUUGGGUGCGGUUGGCAUGACGGGCCUGACCGCGCUGUUGGGCAUGAGAGAGAAGGGUCAUGUGACCAAAGGUGCCAAUCAAACACUGGUGGUCAGCGGAGCAGCGGGAGCUUGCGGCUCCAUAGCGGGACAGAUCGGCCGCCUAGACGGGUGCACCAGGGUGGUCGGGAUAUGCGGGUCCGAGGAAAAGUGCAACACCCUCGUGGAAGUGUUGGGCUUUUCCGGUGCGAUCAACUACCGGCGACAAGACGUGGUCGACGCUCUGCGAGAGUGCUGCCCCGAUGGCGUGGACGUUUACUUUGACAACGUGGGAGGAAGCAUCAGUGACGCCGUCAUUGCUCAGAUGAAGGAGGGCGGCCACGUCAUCCUGUGCGGGCAGAUCUCGCAGUACAACAAGGACGUCCCCUACCCGCCGCCCCUCAGCCGGGAGACGCAGGAGAACCUGGCCAGAGGGAAGAUCCUCCGAGAGAGAUUCAUGGUGCUCGACUACAUGAACAAAGCCGAGGCGGCCAUGGCUGAGCUCGGCCGCUUGGUCACCAGCGGACAAGUCAAGGUGCUGGAAACCGUGGAGAAUGGCAUUGAAAAUAUGGGAGUUGCAUUCUGCUCAAUGAUGGAAGGAGGAAACCUGGGCAAGCAGAUUAUUAAAAUAAGCGACUAAGGACACUCAGCAGGAAUAUCUUGUAUAGAACAUUUUUAUUCCACAGCACUAUAAACCAUGAAUUGAAAAACAACAUAACUGUGGUUUCUCCCUUUUUUCAGUAAUAAAUGCCAUCA